AUGUCUGUUCCUGAUGAUCAAGAGGAGUUUAUAUUUCGUCCUCAACAACAUUUAGACACAAAAUGGCUUAACCCUGACUUAAAAGAUGCUUUACAUGAUCCAGAGUCACUAUGCACUUUGUACAAUAGCUUACUCCAAGAUCGAGAGAUAUAUUUCGAUGCUUCAAAUGGUCUCGUAAAUUCUGCAGGAGUUACUGCAAAACUUGGAGAAAGUGGGAAAUACUACUGUGGUCUCAGGAUAUUGACUUGCACUUGUUGUGAUGGCUUGUGUGGACCACAUUCAGGUUGUGCUUGUACACCAUGUACAAUGUUAUCUGCAGAGGAGGAUAUGCGUACAGCUAUACUAUCAAAAUUAAUUGUACCACCACCCUCAACACAAAUAAUAGAUGAGCUAAAAUGGAAAUUGGAUCCAGGACCAGAAUGUCUACAAAAUCUGAUGGAAUCCUUACUUUGGGAGCAACGUGUUAGAGCCAUCAAUACAGCUCUUAGUUGUCCUUUCAUCUCACAAAUCCGUCGCCUGAUAGUUUUAUGCAAUAGGCACCUUAUAGCAGUUAUUAGAGACCAUAGCCACAACAAAGAAGAAAAGAAAGUAAAAUCUGAUAAAAAACCACCCCAUACAGUUAGUAACAGAGCUUUGAGCAAUGUUGUUAAUACUUUAAAUAAGCCAGUAGAACUUACUGAUAGUCAAGAUGAUGUAGAAGAUCAAGCUGAUGACUCUGAGAAUGCGUUUGGAUUAGCCCGCGUUGGUGCUCGAGCGGCGCUUCGUUUAGCACUAUCUUUAGUAAGAAGAGCAUGGCGCUGUGGCGAGGAUGCCGACGUAUGUUCGGCGCUGCUACGAGAUGCUUUAGAUGCCGUGCGAGCUCUACCAGAUGCCGCGCUUUUCGCUGGUGCUACAGCGGCGCAGCAAGCGCCAAGAUCGCAGAAGAUAUGGGCAGAAGUUGUAGAUAGCGCUGCAAAGUUUCUGCACCAAGUUGUGGCUGGGGAAGUUGGCUGCAAUGUACCACUAGGAGACUGGCGCACGUCCCUUUGCGUGUGGGUCGAAUUAUGUGCGCGCCGUGCAGAACUACCCGCACUGUUAAAAGCUGCAGAUGUUCUAGUUACCUUGCCGCCACGGCAGAAAAGACAAUCAGAUAACAGAAUAACUCUAGAAGAAUGUACUGCACCUUUAGGGCCAUUUCUUAGACGCAUGGCUAAAGUCAGCGCGCCAAUUCCUUCAAUAAACAAUGACCCCAGCACUGAACCAAGUCCUACAGAAAUAUAUUUGAAGGAACUGAAUAUACCAAGUGGUGAUGGAUUAAUGGAAGUAAGGAAAGCUGGCAUAGCUUUACUAUGUCACUUGGAUAGACUUGGUGCUCCAUUAUUACCACCCCUGAAGGGAUUUGUUACUUGUACAGAGUCGGCGCAAGAAGUAAUAUCAGUAGGUGUAGGACCGUUACAACUAGGUGCUCUAAGAAUACAGCAGAUAUCGUGUGCAGAGAAAUUGGCACUAUUGCUUACUUAUGAUGGAGCCGUUUACACGCUUCCCUACGACACAAUGACGCCGCAGCUCGUUCCUGGUCUCGAGAACAAAACUGUAACGCAAGUGUCGUGUCACCCUGUCGGCCGUCACUAUUUGUGCUGCUCAUCGUGCGGGGGCGUUUGGUCGUGGGGCGUGGGCGAGGACGGUCGCCUCGGGCACGGCGAUACGGCGCCGAGGGAUGCGCCCGUCGCUAUACACCAUCUAGCUCAUCACGAAGUCGUCAAAGUCGCCGCUGGGGUCGCUUGCAGUGCUGUUAUAACAUCUCGAGGCGCUUUGUACACUUGGGGUCGUGGUACACAAGGUCGCUUGGGACAUGGCACAAUUGAAAAUUGCUUGACGCCACAACCGGUAUCAUUCAAUGCCCAUAAUAUUGAGCGGAUCAUUGAUAUUGCACUUGGAUGGGGUGAAAGUCAGACCCUGUGUUGUACAUGGGAAGGCGCAGUUCAAGUAUUUGGAGACAACGAAGCUGGUGCGCCCCGUACCCUUACCUCUCUCGCCGUACUUCGAAUCACGCGUCUAUACACUGGCGAACAUUGGCACGCAGCUCUUACUGACGGAGGUCAAGUUUAUACUUGGGGAAAAGGAGAUGGCUAUAGACUUGGUCAUGGGAAUACAGACACGAUUAAAAUUCCUAAACUAGUGGAAGCUUUUCAAGGUUUAAAGUUAGUUGAUCUAUCCUUGGGUGCCUCUCAUGGAAUCGCACUGACCACCGAUGGUGCUUUGUACGCUUGGGGAACUCACGAGAGAGCCCAAAUAUCUAGUCCGGUUCCACAAUUGUUGCAAGUUUUGAAUCCAUCUUUCAAAGCAAGUGGUGCUACAAGUGGACCUACACAAAUAAUUGUUUGGAGCGAAGAAAGUCCUAGAGAUUUACCUUCCUCCAUGCCAUUCGUUAUAGAUUUGUCAGAUAACACAUUCAAGUUGUUGGAGCGGCUAUUACGAAUAGUAGUCGAACAAAAUAGCAUUGCAUCAAUAAAGGAAAAUGAAUCUUUAGCUAUUUCCUGUCUAAACCUACUUAGAUUGCAAGUCCACGCAUGGCAGUGCUCUCGCGGUACAGAAGUGGAGUCAGUGGAUACGGAGGCUCGAUCUUGGUGUGCGGGUGUGCACUCUGCGCUGGUCGCACUGGUGGAGGGCAGGGCGGGUGCUGCGGCCGCGGCGGCGGCGCGACGGGCCCUGGCCGCCGCCUGGCCCCUGCUGCUGCCAACGCCGCAGAUCAGGGCGCAGCAUCUUAUAGCGUUGCUGCCGCAAGUCGUAACAGUGAAUCUUAUAAUCCUAGGUUCGGUGCCAGCAAGUACAGGCGCCCGAUUUAUGACUGAAUUACUCGUGUGGUCGCUUCUUGGUGGGGGUGGUCUGAGAGAUGCCUUACGAAACGCUUUACAAACACAUUCUAUAGAUGCUUACAAUCAUUUACAGCUUGAUGUGGAUUAUGAUCAAAUUGAUAUAGUUACUGGACAACGAACUACUCAGACUACUAACGGAGAUGACUCUGAACCUCUUAGAGAAUGCACUGAAGAGUAUCAAAUAAACAAUGCUGUAAUCUCAGACAAGGGCGCAUCGGUGCCUUUAAUGCACUUGGUGAAGCAUCUUAUUCGUAACACAAGUUGUCAGACACAAAUGCAUAUUAAUGGUAUAAUCAGUGGCGAUACAAGUAAAACAGAUGAUCCAAAGUGCCACAACACCAUCAGCCCUAGUUGUGAUUUACUUAUUCGAUUUCAAAGAUUGUUAUUCUGUGAAGCGAUGUGGACACGUGGUGGGAGAAGUACGCGAGGCGGCGUAAGAGCUCUAAUGAACCAAUAUACCGCACUCCUAGCGGAGCAUGUCCAGUCCACGCUUAACAUUUUCUGCCGAGCCGUCCAUAGAGCUGAUGAUACUGAAUUAGUUGCAUUGUGUGAUGUAAUUGCUUCUGAUAUAGUUGGACGUGUGGUUAGUGAACUGUGCGCGUGGAUAGUAUCAUGUGCGGCAAGAAGUGCAUGCGCGUUAGCUGAUUGCGGUCCCGCAUUAGUGAAGAUAGCACGAGCCUGUGAUGAGGCGGCACGCGUGUUACCAUCCGCGGCGAAAUUAGAUGCCGAUCUACUCGGAUGGCCGGGUCUGAUAUCGAGAAGACAUCAAUUGAACAACAGUGUUAUACGCAAGUGCGAUCUACAGAACCACACUAAAGAGGGCGGAUCUUGGAUAAUAGUGGGCGGUCAUGUGUUCGAUGUAGAGAACUUUGAAUGCGACGAUGCCAGUACAACGGAGUUGGUUCGUAAAAUGCGCGGUUGUGAUGCGACCGCUGCCCUCAGCGUUGAACCGCACGCGGCACACUUGUCCCGUAUCACGGCUAAGUGCGUGGGAUUGUAUGCUGACCAAAUAUACAGUCACAAAUGUCAUGAGAGCAAUUCCAGUCUGCGUUCUCAUCAUAUAUUGGCAUCAUGUGCAUUCAAUCUAGCGGUUGGUUUGACUCAAUGUGGGUCAAGGCUCGCCAUUUCACUUCCAGUGCAACAAGCAGAAAGAGAUGCUGCACCCUACGCUGCUGCUGUGUUCCUUAGGGGUGGAUUACAAAUCUCCCAACUCACUAAUCCAUUUGAAGAGGAGAAAGCUGAAGCCCGCAGCGGUUCAUCGACAGGCGGUAACAGUCCUGCUAGUGAUGCUCCACCGUCGAGAACGUCUAGACCACCGCCUCGAGUCAACGUGGCGUCGUCCCCCGCUAGAGCUGAUGCUCUGUUAUUCGCACUCGCUGAACCUAAAUUACAUAUAACUUACUUAAUUUUGUUGAUGCUUUUGCUCGAUCAUGUAUUCAUAAUCCAUGUUAAUAACAAUAACAAGGACCCCCUUGCGCUGCAUCUCUGGUGGGCAUGCGAGAGGCGCGAAGGUUGUGCUCCACAUUUCCCUCCCGAACAUCCGUUGGAGGAAUUACGGAGGGCAUUGCUCGCUGCUUUGUUAUUUCACGCCGGCUUGAAGGAACAUGCGCUGGCGACAGCGACGGCAGAAAUGGAAAAGGGUGAAGUGAAACUGUCACCAGCUAUGUCCGAAAUUGUGAAAGCAAUACAACAAAGCAAGUGGACCCUCAUGAGGACUAGACAGCAGUUGUCACGUGGAUACAAAGAGGUAUGCGCUGCCCCAUUAGAACGGGCACGAUUUUUACUCCACGAAGUGCGUGCGGCCAUGUCGCCUGCUGUGAACGCUCUACACUCUCGUCCGCCAUCGCGUCGGCCUUGUACCGCCAAGAAAAUGUUCCGGAAGGUUAUGAAGGCCGCUAAGACUCCUAGUUUUAAUAAAUGUUUCGAAACUACAAAAGAUUUGCGUAAUAGACAAAAUAGUUUGAGCAAAAGCAUGCUCAAAGCUACCGGCAGCUUGUUACAAGGUGACGCUUUGCUAAUUAAAUCUUCAAUUGCCAAUGCAAGUAAGACUCCUGAUGAUGCUCCUAGUAUCAUCGUAGAGCAUCCAAAAGGACAUCUAGAUGGCGCUGGCGAUAAAGAUGUCAGUCAAGCUAAAAUAAAAUUAAAAGUGAAAGAUAAAUUGUUGGAAAAAGAUCUGAAAAACGCUUCGAAUAAUGAUGGUAUGCGAAAUGAGGGACGUAGCGAUUACAAAGUAACAGAAAGAGAAGAUAUAUUAGACAAAGAUAAUGAUGAUAAAACUCCUACUAACGAAGUAUCCAUAAGUUCUAUUAAUGAUAAUACUGAUAACUCAAUUCUAAAAGAAUCUUUAGAAAGCGAGAAACAGGUGAUGUUACUCGCCGAUGAUCUCAAGAAUGAUCUCAUUAUGGCUGAUGAAGAGAAAGACGAUGAUAAUUCUGAAAGAAAUAAGUUUGUUAACGCUUGGGUUUCGAAAUUAGCUUGUGAAAAGAAAGAUCUGUACUGGUUGUUGGAAGAAGUGACACCUGAACAACAAAGCUUAACAACGGCUGUGAUUGAUUUUGUAAUGACUGAAGACCCCUGUGAUAUUGAUAUUCUAAAAAGAGCUUUGUAUUGUCAGGUCCAAAGGGCAGAAAUGAGAAGAAAAGGUUAUUAUAUAAUUAACAGUAUUCUACAUUCAUCGCAAACAAUGUCAGAAAGUGUGAAGUAUGCGGCUUUAGCGGGUCUGUUGGGCGGUUCUAUGGCCGAUUCUGCACCUUAUGCUCCAAUUAAGCCGACUAUUCCACUAACCCCGCCUCUAAAAGGCAUCGAGUCUGUGAUACCGUACUCAAAGUACAUGGUGCUUUUGGAAAGGUCGAAGUUAAUGGACUUUAUUUUAAUAGAAUUAAAGUCCAGAGUUUUAGAAGGAGAACAAAGUCAACCUCUACCUUUGAAAAUGAGUGCUAAUUAUGGUGCACAUGCAUUGUUGAAUCGCCCGUCUAGAGCGAGAUUUCUAAUUACAUUAUUGUCCCUUCUUAUUGAGGGAUGUCAAGGUCCAGAAUUAGAACAACUUAUUAACGGAGGUGCACUCAGCUCCUGUCUCAGUUUGCUGAAACAGAUAGGAGGUGACACUUCUCAGCAUGCAUCGCUUAUAUGCAACGGAAUUAAAACGAAAUCGGAUUGCCUAAUAAUUUAUGAAGACGAAAGACUCGGAGCUCGCGCUCGUGGAGCGUCACUAUCUGGGCCAGAGUUAGCUUCCUUGAUGAAGAUCGGCACUAGAGUUGUUAGAGGCAAAGACUGGAAAUGGGGUGAUCAGGACGGCGUACCUGGUGGAGAAGGUCGUGUAAUAGGUGAAUUAGGAGAAGACGGCUGGGUUCGUGUAGCAUGGGAUGCCGGCGGUACCAACUCAUAUCGCAUGGGAAAAGAGGGCAAAUAUGACCUCAAGUUAGCCCGUUCACCGUCCCCGCCUCCGUCUGUGGAUGAGACUAUGCAUGGAACAGACAACAAUAUCGAAUGGUGGCCAGUUAGUGAAGUACGUGGGGCGUGCACGUGCGUAAUACGUGCACUGUGCGCUAAAGCGGGUGCCGGCGGUCAGACUACGGGCGUGAUCAGUGCUACGGGCGUAAUCAGUGCUACGGCCAGAAGGAACGUAGCAGCUCUACAAAGGAGACUGCUAGCUUUAGCGCAUGCGCACUCUACUCCUCCACCAACUGCGUUCGCCGCUCAUCAUCAUACCGCUCUCGCGUUACUAAGGGCAAGUGCACAAAGUCCUGAGAUGCGAAUAUCUCUAUGCACUGAUUCUUGGUUCGAGCUCUGCUACAGUAUUAUAUCUGCAGUGGACAAACCUAUAACGCAAGACCUUAUCUAUUUGCAAAUACAAUCGCUUUGGUUAUUGCGACGUGUACUCGUCGAACACACUGGCAGUAUUGAAUGGAGACGUACUGUAGUCGCCCAAAUAUUAGCUUUGGUAGGGCGACUAUGGCUUGAAACACAUUCAGCUGACCCUGCAUUGAGACCACAUCACUACCUUCUCGCUGCUCCUAAUGACGAGGAAGAAGUUGACAACAGAUGGCGUGCGCCGGCGACUGCGAGCUAUACGGGGGCGACUUGUGCCGCCCUAGUACAACUUGUUCGACAACUUCACUCUGCAAGUCAAUGGCAUGCACCUAUCACUACUUUACUGCUGGACAAACUUCAAUUGGCUGCACAACUGGUGACAACAGAUUGGCAUUGGUGGCCGCAUACUAGUCAAGAUUUAACACAGACCAUCAAGCCUAGUCCACCUAGUCUCGAUACCUGCCUGAUAGCUGGAGCGUUAGGUAUUGUCGGUGGUGUAGAAUAUCGCAUAAGAUUAGGACAACGAGUUAGCGCAGGUUCUCCGCCACGGAAUGCUAUAGUUACGCAAUUAUCGCCAAGAGCAAAAAUAACACUGGUAUAUGAUGACAAUUCUGUUACAAAGACUGAACUAAGUGGAGUUGAAAGUGCAGAAAUUGAACGUUUACCGCAACCGCUAGGUGGCGCUGAAGUGGAUUUAUUUGGACUUAGAAGACAACAGAUGGAGCUACUGACGCUUUGUACUGUUAGAGGCUUACUUACAACACGCACACGACUUCGAAAGGUUUUGAUGCAACCACCUGAUAAUUCUAGCACCCCGGAUCGCAUGUCCGUCUUAGGUACGGAAGGGACUCUACUACGUAGACUGCUUGCGCUUGCGACGAGACCAAGUCCAUUAGCUGCGUCGCACUCGCAACGUGAACUUGCCGCCGCCGCCAUUGCUAUUGUUCAGCAAUUAGCUGCACAUGUCAACGGUGACGAUAAAGAUCACGAAUCGCCACCGGACCUUCCUAUUAUCGAUAAAAGCAAUGUAAUGCUAUUGUCUACGGGACCAUCCACGAGCACCGCAUCCCUUUCACGUAAAGACCUCAACACUUGGGCUAAUUCCGCUCAAGUGCAGCAAGUUAUUGAAAUGGGUUUUUCUAGACACGCUGUUUAUGCAGCGAUUCAAGCAUUAGGUGGUGCAACUUUGCCUUCGGUGGAGUCAUUAGUGGCAUACCUUUUGGAAUUACCUCAACAAGGCAUGGAUGAUUCUGUUUUCGAAAUAAAGCCCCACUUGACGAAGUUAGAGAAGAAACAAACGCCGUAUAGGUGGCGUAGCUGUUUCGCCUCAGAGGAGGAGUACGCUCAAUAUUUGUCAGACGUCAUCACUCCGGGAAUGACAGUGCGCUGCUGUAAAGCUUACGAAUGCAAUAUAAAUUUAAAAAUCACCACUGCUAACAGGGUUGUUGGUUCAGUCGGACAUUACAGGGUUAUAAUAGCUUGGGAUAUCGUUAUAUCCCACACCCAGAAGGAGUUGUUUCGAAUCCAGUCGACGGUAGCUCUCGGUGACGUUGGUCAAGUUCAGAAGGUGGAACGAGAUAUUAAACAAAAUGUAUUUUUACACGUGGAAUGGCGUGGCUUGGGCCGUAUUUAUGGUUUAAGAGCAGUCCACGCAGAAGUGGUAUCGGGCGGGCCGCCGUUCGCGGUCGGCGAUAGAGUUCGAGUACGCGCCGCCGUUACACAGCCCCGGUACAAAUGGGGUUGCAUAGAUCACACUAGCGUCGGCACUGUAACCGCUAUUUCGAGCAACGGCCGUGAUUUGACCGUGGAUUUUCCUCAGCAACCUGGAUGGACAGGUCAAGUCAGCGAGAUGGAGCUAGUUACCGACCAGUCUGAAUGGGGAGAGAGUGCAGGAGGAAUGGCGGUAGGAUGGCGGGGUGCAGUAAGAGCUGUGCGUGUAUCGUCUUGUAGACCCGGCGCAGGCGCAAGACGUUUACUUGAUGCGCAACCGCAUACCUACUGGCAGAGCUCUAGUGGCACUGGCCAGCAUUGGAUCCGCGUGGAGAUGCGAUGCGGCGUCCGCAUCCGUCGACUCGGUUUGGGUGUAGCGGGCGGGGCCCACGGGCCCGCAGCGUUGGCUGUCCGGGCGGGGGCGAGUUUCGAUGACGCCGCCCUCGCCCCCCUCGCAGCUGCACCAUGCGCCCCCGCCCCCCCUCCCUCACACUCCACGAGGGACCGAACCCCCCACCAUCUUACGCAGAUACAGCUGCUAGCCGAUUGUAAACAGUAUUACCCAUGCAUCGAAAUAAGUAUCAAACAGAAUCGUAACGUAAACGCUGACUGCCGCGUUCACGGUCUUUACAUAACUGGAUUCCGCCCUAAUCCACUCUACAAUGAUAUAUUAUUAAGCAUGAACUUUAUUGCUGAAGACUGGACGGAGAAAGAAAAUACGACAGGAGCAGUAUCAUCCGAUAAUAAUCCACCAUCUUUGUCUAGCGAUUCAUCGAAAGUUUUUGUGUGGGGACUAAAUGAUAAAGACCAGUUAGGAGGCGUCAAAGGAUCAAAAGUAAAGGUGCCUGUAUUUUCACCGACGCUAAGCGCUUUACGACCGCUACAUAUCGCUGGUGGAUCAAAAACUCUUUUCAUUGUUUCGCACGAUGGAAAACUAUACGCUUGCGGUGAAGGCACAAACGGCCGCUUGGGUCUCGGUCACAGCAACAAUGUAUCUACGCCACGCUCGAAUCCUUACCUCGCACACGUACUCGUGCGACGUGUCGCGGUACAUUCAGGAGGGAAACAUGCACUGGCUCUAACUGCCGAUGGAAAGGUGUAUUCAUGGGGGGAAGGUGAAGAUGGAAAGUUGGGUCAUGGCAACCGAAUAACAUUAGAAGUGCCAAGGCUAAUAGAAUCGUUGUCGGGUGAACGAGUCGCAUGCAUAGCUUGUGGUUCAGCGCACAGCGCCUGCGUUACCGCACGUGGACAUUUGUACACGUGGGGUCUUGGAGAGUAUGGGAGGCUCGGUCAUGGCGAUGGUACCACUCAACUGCAACCCAAGAUGGUGGAAGCUCUUGCUAAUUAUAGAGUUGUGCAAGUGGCUUGCGGUUCACGUGACGCACAAACUUUAGCGUUGACUGCUUGUGGUAAAGUUUUCUCGUGGGGAGACGGUGAUUUUGGUAAACUCGGAAGAGGUGGUUCCGAUGGUUGCGCAGUUCCCAUGAACAUAGAAAGACUUAAUUCACUGGGUGUGAUUCAAGUGGAAUGCGGAGCACAGUUCAGUUUGGCUCUUACGAGGGAUGGAGAGGUAUGGACCUGGGGUAAAGGCGACUUCUUCCGUCUCGGACAUGGAUGUGACGCGCAUGUACGUCGGCCCACACUAGUGGAAGCAUUACGCGGCCGGCGCAUAGUACACGUGGCCGUCGGAGCGUUGCAUUGUCUAGCUGUCACUAGCGAUAAUCAGGUUUGGGCGUGGGGAGAUAAUGAUCAUGGUCAACAAGGUAACGGUACUACUUGUGUGAAUCGUCGUCCGGCCCUCGUUGCUGGAGUUGAGGGGGUACAGAGGGCGGCAGCGGGUUCAUCACACUCGGCCGCAUGGUCUAUAAGACCUACGACCCAUACAACCAUCGAUGAAACAAAGUUUCCACAUAUAGCACCAUUGCCGUUUCCUACACUCAAAGACCCGUUGGGAGCUCAGAGUUUAGGUUUAUAUUCUGAUGAAGCUGUUGUAGAAGAACCACAAGGACCACGUCCUUCCCUCGCGGCCGCAGCGCUUGCGUUGGAGCCACCAGUGGCUGUACAACAUGCUUUGUCUCUGAUAUUGCUUGCUUUACAUAUAACGCAGGCACGUUGCCUUUUAGUGGAAUCUCUGAGAGCGCACGAGGCGUCUGCAGCGGCUCCUGUGUCCGCUUGUAUUGACACUGAAGAUGAGGAUGGAGAUGGUGACGCCCGUACCGGUGGUGGGGAAGCCCCGGCCGAUCGAGCCACGUUGCCUAGUGGAGCGAGCAGCCCUCUGAGCGGUUCUAUAUCUUCUCGACACUCGGCCGUCAUGUCGUCGAGCGCAGUAUCAGUAGCCGCCGCUACCAUGACCGUGCAGCAAGCUGAAGCACCAAAGUUGGUCCUAGAUGAGUUCACGUCACAACUAGGCGAAUCUGACGCGAGAGCUUUAGUAGACUUGCUUAAGUUGGCAGCGGCUAAUCGUAUACCAGACGCAAAUAAUGCAGUAAAAAUCAUCACUGAAGUUCUUAUGGCAUUAUGCGCCAGUAAACCUGCAGUCGCGGAUAUGGUGGUGGAAGUUUGUGUAUGUGAACUUGAAGAAGCGGCCGCGGGCGGAGGGAGGGCUCCACCACAACCAGUAACAGUCGAUAGCCCUCAUCCUUACGCUGAUGAUACUGAUAUAUCAGGCGUGGUGAAGAUUCCGGGAGCAUCAUCGUUGCGAGUUACAUUUGAACAAGGCUGUUCAACGGAACGCCGCAAUGACCCACUAACUAUCUCGGACUCUACCGGUCGGGUUCUCGCUACCAGGUCCGGUAGAGAACCAUCGGACUGGUCACAAGAAAUUAUUGUCGCUGGCGAUGAACUAAGGUGGCGUUUCACAAGCGAUAGUUCCGUCAAUGGAUGGGGAUGGAGAUUCACAACACAUCCCAUACUUCCAUCCCAUUCCAACACUGAUAGCGGGUCAGACCGUUACGUACUAUCCAGUCCUUCCGUGGAAUUAGCUUGGAGGUUACUUGAUGGUCCUCUUCUAGCUACAAUAUCGAACGAUCAUCAGUUAGCGCCGCGGCUAGCGCAAGCCUUAGCUAUAUGUGCGCAAAUGCCCACGUUAUCUUGGCGUGGCCGCGUAUGGUGUGUACGUAGACUACGAGGAGUCGUAUGUGGUUUGGACGGUGAAACAGGGCCGCCGCCACCACCCGCCCUCACUCACUUACCGCAGUUACUUCAAUCGCAGUAUGAACACGAAGAGCCUGCGCUAAGAAUCGGAACGCAUCUCAUGCACACGCACUAUCUCAAAGAAUUAGCAUGGCUAGCAUGUGGGCUGCGGAUGGACUCACGCGUAUGCAGCGGCCCAGAUUCUUCUCGUUGGAUGUGGUUCAAGCGCUACUGCCUCUGUAUACGUACGGCUGAAGGUUUGAUUCGCCGUAGCGCCAUACCGAUGCCGUUUUUAGCUGACGUCCGUAAAAGAUUGUCGGAAUUGGGCGUUUACAAUACCGAAGAAAACAGCACGGACGCUAUAUAUCCCUGGGAAGACAACACUAAGUUCUCACGGCAACACGACGAGCAGUUGCUACAUUGGGUCAACAAGCGUCCAGAAGACUGGACUGGCUGGUGGAGCGGGGGCUCCUUAGGUUGUGCCGUGUACGGUUGGGGCCACAACCAUCGCGGACAGUUGGGCGGCGUGGAGGGUGCCAAGGUCAGAACUCCGACGCCGUGUCACGCGCUCGCCGCCCUCAAUCCGGUCCAGCUUGUGGGCGGAGAGCAAACUCUAUUCGCCGUCACACCGGACGGAAAGGUUUAUGCCACCGGAUACGGAGCAGGUGGACGUUUAGGUAUCGGCGGUAUCGAUUCCGUUUCCCAGCCAACACUGUUAGCCUCUAUUCAACAUAUUUUUAUAACAAAGGUUGCUUGCAACUCUGGCGGUAAGCAUUGUCUUGCUCUGUCGUCGGAAGGUGAUGUAUACAGUUGGGGUGAAGGUGAAGAUGGUAAACUUGGGCACGGGAAUCGAGUGAGCUACGACCGUCCUAAGCUAAUAACAGCGCUGUCCGCACUAGAGGUAGUUACGAUAGCUUGUGGUGGAGCACAUUCGGCGUGUCUCACAGUACGAGGUCGCAUUUAUACAUGGGGCAAAGGUCGCUACGGUCGUUUGGGACACGGAGAUUCUGAAGAUCAACUCGUACCCAAACUGGUGGAAGCCCUAGCGAUGUAUCGUGUGGUCGAUGUUGCUUGCGGAUCUGGUGAUGCUCAAACACUCUGCAUUACAGAUGAUGAUAAUGUUUGGUCUUGGGGAGACGGAGAUUAUGGCAAGCUGGGUCGAGGUGGAUCCGAAGGUUGCAAAGUACCGAUGAGAAUUGACUGUCUCAAAGGGCUGCGCGUGAUAAAAGUCGAGUGUGGCUCACAGUUCUCUGUUGCUUUGUGUCAAGGUGGCAGCGUUUACACAUGGGGUAAAGGUGACUACCAUAGACUAGGACACGGCAGCUACGAUCACGUUCGGCGCCCAAUGCUUGUCACUGGAAUGCAAGGGAAAAUGAUCGUGUCUAUCGCUACUGGGAGCCUCCACUGUGUCGCGUGUACAGACGCAGGCGAAGUAUACACGUGGGGAGAUAACGAUGAAGGGCAACUUGGUGAUGGGACUACACUCGCUGCUCAACGUCCGAGAUUAUUAAUGGCUCUUCAGGGUAAACGAGUGACUAGAGUAGCGUGUGGGAGUGCUCACACUGUAGCACUGUGCGUGGAGGCAGCCAGGGCGCCUCGGCCUCCGCCCCCGCCGCCUCUGGAGUGCCACCUGCUAAGGGACCUCGCCCCUAGUCUCAUCUGCAAUAGACUGGUAUUGCUGCAUCAGUUUUCGGAGUUGGUAUGUCCGAAUCUGCCUCUGCUGAUUUUGGACGGCCCUCUAGAUCAGUUGCGCACUCUGUUGUUCUACAGCGUGAAGGAAGCUGCUUUUAGGAAGGCUAUUAUGGCGACGAUGGUAAGGGAACGUCAACAUGGUCCCGUGGUGGAGUUGUCCCGUGUGGCCGCUAGGCGGGCGCGGCGCGGCGGUUCAGGGCUAGCGGGCGCGGCCGGCAUGCGAUCCGUGUUCGGUCAAAUGGUGGCGAGACUACCCGCACUAACGCACGAUGCGCUCGCGUUGCCUCAUCGCGUGUGGAAAGUCAAGUUUGUGGGCGAGAGCGUCGACGAUUGCGGCGGCGGUUACAGUGAGAGCAUAGCGGAGAUGUGCGAAGAGUUGCAGAACGGGUCUCUGCCGUUACUGAUGGCGACACCUAACGGACGUGGAGACGCGGGCGCCUCUAGGGAUGCGUUCCUAUUGAACCCGACGGCUAAUACGCCGUUGCAUCUCAAUUGCUUCCGUUUUCUUGGUGUAUUGAUGGGUAUCGCUAUUAGAACUGGCUCUCCCCUUUCGCUAUCUCUCGCUGAGGGCGUUUGGCGGCAACUUGCCGGUCAACCACUGAGACCUCAGGAUCUUGCCGAAGUCGACAAAGACUUUUUACCGGCUCUACUCUGCAUCAGAGAUAUGACACCCAAUAAUAAGGUACAAAUUAUUUCAGAGUUUAAUAAAUUUGGUUGUUUGUUAUAUAUUGUUUGUAUAUCGUCUUACUAUUAUAUUAUUCUAUUAGGAAUUACAAAAUCUGGAAUUGCCAUUCUCAAUUCCGUCAGCGGCCGGUCACGAAGUGCCACUGUCUACGCGUCAUAAAAGAGUUACACCAGAGAACAAGGAUGAAUAUGUCCAGUUAGCCUUACAUUAUAGGUAAUUUAUUGUUUAUCUAUUUCCCUUGGUUACGCCUUCACACGUGAACGACUGGACUGAUUUCGCUAAUUCUUUUUUGUUGUGUUUGUUGUUGCCAGGAGAUUUUCUGUCCUCCUUCUCUUAUGAAAGAAAAAAUAAGAUAAUAGUAUGGAAGUUUUUAAAAUUUAAGAAUAUUUAACCACCAUAUAAAAUUAUUUGUAAUCUUAUCUCAGUGCUUUGGAUAAUAUCUACUUUUUUAAUAUAAUCUUAUAACGUUUGACAUAGAAUUGACAGAAUGAGUGCUACAAAUAUGGUGCACAUAUUAAAAUUUAUUUGACUAUACAGAACAACGUCUGUCGGGUCAUCUUGUAAUAAAUAAAAGUUAAUUAUGCAAAAAAUAAUCUGCAUCUACGUUUAUCGCUUUUUGUUAUUUAGGAAUUUUUGCAUUUGCGUAAUAGGUCUUACUUUACCGCAUAAAAGUUAUAUAGUUAUAUAAUAUUCUAAUAUUUUGGUAUUGUAGACUGCAUGAGUUCGAUGAGCAAGUGCGUGCUGUACGCGAUGGUAUGUCACGCGUGAUUCCCGCACCCCUUGUAGCUUUAUUCAAUGCUACCGAACUAGAGACGCUUGUUUGCGGUUCACCAGAUAUACCUGUACACGCACUACGAGCGUCGGCUACAUAUAAAGGAAUAGAACCAAGCGCACCGUUGGUACAGUGGUUCUGGGAAGUGAUGGAAGAAUUAUCGGGUAGCGAACGCGCCUUAUUCCUGCGUUUCGUGUGGGGCCGUACUCGAUUGCCUCGAGCCCCACAAGAUCCCCGCCAGAGAGAUUUCGUGUUACAGGUACAAAAUAAACUCCCCAAUAACAUUCGAAAAAAAACUUCCUAUUCGGCAAUAAAGUUCUUUUUUGUUAUAUAAAUGACUACGAGUGUUUACUAGGGACUGUAAAAGGUUUUCUUUUAAUCUUAUUGCUGUAUAGGUUCUCGACAAGUACCAGCCCCCUGAUCAUUUUCUACCGGAGAGUUACACUUGUUUCUUCCUUCUCAAGAUGCCAAGAUACUCGUGCAAGUCCGUUCUACGUGAGAAGCUUAGGUAAGUUAGAAUAUUGGAUAUGUCAAUUUAUUCAUAUGAUAGAAUACGGAUUUAAUUGAGUAGUUUAAAUAGAUAAAUAUUUUUAAGCGCCAUUAGAAUUGUUUUUUUUUUUAAUAUAAUACUUUCUCGACACUUGUAUUAUUAUGUUGUCUACUUCAUAUAUUCCUGCCCUUGUCCGAUCAAAACUUU